CGCACAUUAACAGGCAUUUCCGGGCUGUGGCGCCACACCUCGCAAAAGACGGCCUGCGGGGCUUUCCACUGGAACGAUGGCUACCUACAGCCUGGCGAACGAGCGGCUGCGCGCCCUGGAAGAUAUCGAGCGCGAAAUCGGCGCCAUCCUCCAGAACGCAGGAACGGCGAUCCUGGAACUGUCCAAGGAAAAGACUAACGAGCGGCUCCUCGACCGGCAGGCGGCAGCCUUCACCACUUCUGUGCAGCACGUGGAGGCAGAGCUAUCCGCUCAAAUCCGCUACCUCACCCAGGUGGCCACAGGGCAGCCGCAUGAGGGCUCCAGCUACUCUUCCAGGAAGGACUGUCAAAUGGCUCUAAAGCGAGUAGACUACGCCCGCCUCAAGAUUAGUGAUGUGGCAAGAACCUGUGAGCAGAUGCUGGAGAACUGAGUUCGGAUGAUCCAGUGUGUGCCCUGCACCAGAGACCGGUAGGAUGGGGAGCAGUGCAUUAUACACGUGCCCUACUGGUCAGGGCAGACGAGGACCACAAGGCAGAAAGGAGAACUGGAGAAUCCAAAGCCCCAGUGUACACACAUCUCUUCUGGCUCCUCCAGCAAGACGGCCCUGUUUUCCACUAUGCAAGAUCAGGCAGAGGUCAGAGGUCAACUCCCAACCCACUUCCUCAUGUGCACCCUGCCCUGGAGUUUCAGAAGACUUGGCCCAAUAAAAAUAAAUGUGUUCUUAUAAGCACGCCCGGUGGCUCACACCUGUAGCCCUGGUACUUGGGAAGUAGAGGUGGGAAGAUUGCUAUAGUUUGAGGCCAACCUGGGCUAAGUACAUAGAGGGACCCUCCUUCAAAAAGAGACAUUAAGUUCCUCAUUGGAAGAAACAAAACAGGAACUACGUAUUUUAAUAAUAAAAGCUGUAACUUUUUUAUAAA